AGGACGUCCCAGAAUGCAGAGCGCGAGACAUGGACCAAAAUGGUGAGCAUCAAAGCUGUCCGAUUAAACCAAGUGUUUUUAAUCGGUUGUGUGAUUGAAAUGUUUUUAAUGUCCACUUUUUAAAUGUGCCAGUAUUGACUGAUGGAGAUCCCCUGAAGAUGAUAGAGGCUUUAUAUGUCUGAGGUGUACAGUUCGCUUAGCAGAGCGGCGCACUCAAGAGCUCCAGCUAACUGCUUAGCGUGCUAUCAAUGUAAUGUAAUGUAAUGGCAGUGUAAUGUUGUUGUUGUUGUUGUUGUUGUUGUUGUUGUUGUUGUUGUUGUUGUUGAUGAUGAUGAUGAUGAUGAUGAUGAUGAUGAUGAUGAUGACGACGAUGACGACGACGAUGAUGAUGACGAUGACAAGUGCACUUAAAAUUGUUCAGGAAAGUAUGUGGGUUUUUCCAGAGAGCUGGGAUUACUGAUAAUGGAUGAGAUAAUAUGUGUAAUGCACGAUUGGUGUGUCUGGUUGUAGCUAGACAGGAUGGAAUAGAGAUGUGAAUGUGAAUAACUGUGCUAGCUCCUUAUUCAGUUCAUCAACAUUUUAUUUGAAUCACGUGUCAAACAUAAUGGAUAUUUAAACUGUACAUUUACAGAGUCUGUAAAACUUAAAUAAUACUCAGAUUAAUUAGAAGAGGUAUAGAUAAGAUAUUAGAAGGACCAGGCUUUCCACAGACACAUAACAACCUGUUAGAUUAAAAACAAACAAACAAACGAACAAAAGACUCCUAGACUCCAAAUUACACACAUGCACACUGCUUUAAAAAUAUACAAACAUACCGUAUACAACAAUUUGAAUGGAUUCACUUGCAUGUAAGACUAACUUGAAUUGCACUCCAUCAUUCACUGAGUUAUUGGAUUUGAAUGUCUUUCAGCAGCACAUGUUUAGUUUACCUAGUGUUUUUGUAUUGGCUUUGUUGGUUCUUACUGUUGGAAAUCCUAACUAUGUUACAUUUACAGUAAGCAAUGUCUUUCUCCCCUGUCAAACAGAACAUGUUUAUUAAACUCUACAAGACAUAAUUUCGAUCACCUAUAUGCAGUUAAGUAUGCUAUCUAUAUCUAGUAUAAAAAUGACUUGAACUAACAAUUUGUAGACUACUUUAUGUUGAAAAAGAUAUCCUAAUGUUAAAGCUACUUGGACUAAACUGUACUGUAAUAUAAUCAUGUUAAGUAAGCGGCAGUUUGUUAAAAAGUGGCAGAAGGUUCCUGUUUUCCAAUAACAGUGGUCGUUUUAACCCAGUGAUAAAACGAUCAAGCUAAGCUGAGCAUGAAAAUUAGCCAGAGACGGGGCAGUCCAAAAGCUUGUUGUGCCAUAGCUACUGAGGUGGGUGUAGUAUUAGCCUUCUUUGUGCAACAGAAAUUGAAGGAAAUCAGCCAGGCUUGUCUAAAUAAAGAUGGCUUAUCGAGAUUGCUUGCUUUCUGGAAUACUUGCCUGACGUUGAAGUGUGUAUGCUUGUGUGUAGUAGACAAUGACCUUCAAGGAACUGAUGGUUCAGGUGCUCUUGGAGGGCCUGAUGUUCGCCGGCGGAUCCCCAUCAAGUUACUGACCAAACAGACUGUCAGAAGCAAGCCUCCUGCCCGGCCCCAGCGUCCCACUGCCAGACUGCCCUCCAAUGGGCAAAUUAAUGACGAAACAUUUACCUGUAAGCAGGAGGAGAGGUUUGAGUGCAAAGCUGGAGAUGCUUUUGGGAAACAGCGGAGAUUCCCUCACCCAUUAUUUUGGGACUUUAAGCUCAACCUGGUUGGAGAGAAAGAUGACACUCCAGUGCACUUCUGUGACAAAUGUGGCCUGCCCAUAAAGAUAUAUGGACGAAUGAUUCCCUGCAAACACGUAUUCUGCUAUGACUGUGCAGUUCUCUAUGAGAAGAAAAGUGAUAAGACCUGUCCAGGUUUGUCCCUGUAUAGUUGCACUGAGCCAGUCCAGCGCAUUGAGCAGUGCCAACGUGGAUCCCUCUACAUGUGCAGCAUCGUGCAGGGUUGCAAGCGCACCUACCUCUCUCAGCGGGACCUACAGGCUCACAUCAACCACCGGCACAUGAGAGUGUGCAAACCUGGAGCCUCGCGGGCCGAGACUACUCACCCAACCCCAGCUCUGACUCCGACCUUAACCUCAGACCCACCAGAUCGUUUCCGCCUGCCCCCACCCCCUCACCUGCCCAAGUCCCACACCCUGAUCCCACCACCUCUGCAGGGUCAUGACCCCUAUGGCCAGCCGCCCCCAGUAUCACCCUCUCCCUCUGACCUAGGGCCCUCGUCCCGAGCCCUCCCACCGGAGACAUUCCGCAUUGCUACUGUGACCACGCGCAAACACAGUAACCUCAUCACUGUGCCCAUCCAGGAUGACUCGGGCAGUUCCAUUCCCUCUCCACGUGAACCCCUCCCGCCGACACCCCCAGGUCUGCCCCCUCAUCACCACCCAGGCCAGGCAGUGGUGUCCCACCCUCACCACAUCAUGCCUCCACCUCAGCAGCAACAUUACGGGCCUCCACCUCCACCACCACCCCCGCUCAGCCACCCCAUGCAGGCGACAGGGGCUCCUCACAUGGUCUACAACCAGGCACCUCCAAUGUCCGCUGCACCACCUCCAAUCACCCCUCCACCCGGACAUAUCAUAAACCAGAUGCCCCCGUUCCUGAACCACCCACUGUCCGCUGCUCUCCCUCAGCACGGCGCCCCGCCUGUUAGUGCCCCACCACCUCAUCACUUUAACCCUAACUCUCUGUCCCAGGACCAGGGCACCCUGAGCCCGCCCUUCAACCAGCCGGGAGCCCUGAGCCCUGGUUUGUGGACUGCGGCACGUGUCCCUCACCCUCCUCGCAUGCAGGGCCCUCCUCAGGGCCAGAUGCCUGGACCACACCACCCAGAACAGGCCCGAUAUAGACCAUACUACCAAUAGCGCUUGGCCAACAUUCAUUAUAUCAGUUUGAACAUUAACAAGGUCAUCAAGAAUUUAAGUAAUUUCAAGUUAACUGGUUGAACUGUGCAUUCACUCUGUGAUGAUGACAUUCAUGUGAUGUUUUGUAUUCCUGUUAGGUAUUUAACGGUUUAACUAAUCUGGAAUCCAGUAUUUCUUAUUGUAUUAUUGGUGGCUGAAAAAAUAGAAACAGUGAACCAGUGCAUACCGAAGCUAUUUUUACAUCUUUGUUUGAACACUUUUCAUAACACAUGACAACACUUUAAUCUUGUACCCAUUGACUGCAAUAAAUGACACAAAAAGA